AUGUAACAAAAUACACUUCACUUGAAUACACUUCUUCUUCUUCUUCUCUGCAAAAUCCCUGUAAUUCAAACUCCCAUCUAUGGAGUUAUCAUGGUAUCAGAGCUAUUGAUCGUAGCUAGCUUCUGCUAAAAUCAAUUUCAGAUGCUUAGAUUCACCAACAGAUCCAGGUGAUUUUCGAAAAAGAACAACAUUCAAAGUAUGGCAGUUAAUAGUUCUAGUGAAAGAGAAACAGCUGGUAAUGGUGGAGCUGGUAGUGGUACUACAAGCACAACUUCAUUUCCAGCAAUUGAUCAUAAUCAUCCACUCUAUCUUCAACACACUGAUACUGCAGGUAGCUCUUUAAUUUCCUUACAACUCACUGGUUCUGAAAACUAUGCCUUAUGGAGUAGAUCCUUCAGAAUUGGGCUGAUAGGUAGAAGCAAAUUAGGAUUUGUUGAUGGAAGAUUUCCUAAAUCUAGAUUCGAACCUGAAUUACAUGAUCUGUGGGAGAAAUGUAAUGCAGUAGUACUAAGCUGGAUAAUGAAUGCUGUCAGACCUGGUUUGAUUAGUUCUGUUGUAUAUGCAUCAGAUGCAAGGAAAGUAUGGAUGGAUUUGAAGGAACGAUUUGAUACUGUUAAUGGAUCUAGGAUUUUUCACUUACAUAGAGAGAUUCACACUCUGAUUCAAGGCACUUUGUCUAUUGCUGACUAUCAUUCUAGAUUGAGGGAUCUUUGGGAUGAGUAUGACUCUCUAAUGCCAUGUCCUAGUUGUCCUUGUCCAGAGUCUAAGAAGUUUGGAGAGCAUUGUGAAUAUCAAAGAUUGUUGCAGUUUCUGAUGGGAUUAAAUGAGUCCUAUUCUCAACCUAGAAGUCAGAUUCUAAUGAUGAGUCCUAUUCCUACACUUAAUAAAGCUUAUGCACUCUUAGUUGAUCAGGAAAUUCAAAGAAAUCUAAGUGUAGGUUCUAGCUCAUCUGGUGUAAUCGAAGGAACAACAUUAUAUUCUAACAGAAAUGGAGCAAGUACAUCUAGAAGUUCUACAGGCAGUUUGUAUUCAGGUUCUACAAGCAACUCUUAUUCAGACAAUGCUACACAUGGAUAUAGUUCUCAAAGUGGAGGUUACAGUGGUGGUGCAAGUUCUUCAUCUUUUGGCAACAAGAGUAGGAAGUUUCUCUUGCAGUGUGAACAUUGUGGUUGCAGAGGUCACACCAAGGAUCAGUGCUACAAAAUUGUUGGUUACCCUGCUGAUUUUAAGUCUAAAAGGAAACCUCUUAAGCCUGGAGUGUAUGCAAACCAAGCUGAACAUGUAUAUUCAAAUGAUUCUGAAGUUAGAGGAAAUACUACUCAAAGUGCAGGAGUUACAAAUGCAAAUUCACAAUCAGGAGCCUUCUUCACUCCAGAUCAGUAUAAGCAAAUUUUGCAGAUGUUAACUACUCAUGGUCAUGAUUCUACAGCUCAGUCUUCAGUCAAUGUAGCUGCUGUUAAUGAUGCAGGACCUCUCCACUGGUCAGGUGAAGGGGAUUGGUAAAGAAGAAAAUGGACUCUACAUACUGCAGGAAGGACCAAGUCAUUCUAUUCCAAAGGAGCUGGUCAAUAGUAAUAGAGGUCUUGAUCAGUCCAAGUUCAA